CAUGGACACACGUGAAGCACAGAUUUGUGGAUGGUUCCACACUGGUGUGCACGAGCCUGUGUCUGUCCCUGUGUGUCCCUUAUGCGAGGCAAUUCCCUGACGCUGCCAGGGACACCGAGCACUUCUCUGGCCCUGCAGAGCACAGAGCAGCAGCUUGCCAGGCUGAGAAGAGCCCGACUGCAGUUGAGUGCUGCCGGCAGCUGCUCGAUAGUGAUGUGUGCAGGGAAGAGGCGCUGAAAUGCAGCCCCUGUGUCCCGAGCCCUCCCUUUCCUGCCCCUCCAAAGCUCACGGCCGGUUCAUGUGGAUGGAUGUGCUUGCCACGCAGUGAGGGUGAUGUGUGGGACAGGACGCAGCUGUCUCCUGCCCCUGGCCAUGGCACGUAUCCUUGUGUCGCUCGUUGUGGCGCUGCUGGGAGAGGCGAGGGCUGAGGGCGGCCGGGGCGGAGCUGUUGGCGUGGCAGAGGAGGCGGCAGGGCCGCAGCAGAGAGCCGGGGCUGAGGGGCACAGCGAUGCUCGGCCGGCGGAGCGGCGCCAUGCGGCGGUGUCGGGGCGCGGGGCUGGCGGCGCUGGCCGCGGUGCUGCUCGUGGCUUCAGGAAGAGCCCAGGUACAGCAGGAGCCAUUCCUGGAGACCACCGAGGGCACGGGAGUCAAUAUCAGCUGUUCACACCCCAGCAAACGGAGAGGCGAAUACAUCCAUUUCUACCGUUAUCUCCCGGGCCAAAGCCCCGAAUUGCUCGCACUCACUGCUGGAGGGUCCAAGGAUGUGCCGGCCAUUGCAGGAAAGCUGUCGGUGUCGGAGGACGGGCAGAGCAGCGCGCUGUGGCUCUGGAGACCCCGGCGCGGGGACGCGGCCGUGUAUUACUGCGCGCUGGUGGCACGGGCAGAGGAGCCGGGGCUGCGGCCGGGCACGAACCGGGGCGGGCGGGGCCCGCAGGGGCCGGGGGCACAGCGCCGCCCGCGGCCAGCAGGGGGCGCUGCCGCUCCGCCCGCCGGGCCCCAGGCGGCUCCGCAGCUCCUUCAGUGCCCCGAGCCCGCGCACAGCGACAGCGCCCAGCCCGCCACGGUUUUCCCAAGCAUCCUACCAUGUGCUUUAAGCAUCUUCAUGAAAAGUGGCAACAUCCGUAAGCGAUAA